UGAAAGAUUUGGCACCGUCUCCAUUGUAGUGAAAUAUUACAACCAUCACGUUACAAAAUCUGAAAUUAAGACACAUCCUGUGAGGAAAAAUAUGGCAGCAAGUGUGUUUUUCCUGAAAAGACAGCAUUUUGUAUAGAUGCUGCCUCCAGGCCAGGUCUUAUCUGGUUCAGCGGGGAGGAUGUGGUCAGUGCUGGGAGGCUUUGUUGAUGGGUUGACUGGUGCUGGUGUUGGGGCUUUGUGGGAUGGAGGUCAUUGUUCCUGUGAGUCCGGGGUGUAGAAAACGUCUGGUGUUAUGCAGAAAGCCCGUUCCUGUGGGGGGUAUAAUAAGAGUCAGGGUACUUAAGUGUCUCAAAGUCAGUUUUGUGAAAUUCUCCCAAACUGCAAGGACUGUACUGCAUUAGAAUCAACUUCAUCAAUGAUGAAUUCUUUCCAGGAGACUCAGUCUGAUUUGGAGGUGAUCUUAGAGUUCCUGGAGGAGUACUACAAACAAACCACUGGAGAAAAUGUGGAUAAGGUGCACUGGACUGCAGACAAGGAAUCAUGUGAGCAGCGCUGGAUGUGUUAUGAGCCACUUAACAUCAAACCUGCACUUCAGCCUUUGCUGGCACAGGAUGGGCAACCAACUCUGAGCCAAAACACAACAGCAACAUUGUGUGAGCGUGGGUCACUGCCAAACUUUGUAUCAACAAGACAACCAACCAAACCCACACUGGUGGGGAGUGGUAGAAAGGUGCGACUCUUUCACUUCCUGUUUGAGAUGUUGGAGGAUCCCAACAUGGCCCACUGUGUGUACUGGGUGCCAGCAUCCACCGGCGUCUUCCGCUUCUCCUCCACGAACAAGGACCAGGUGGCGGCACUCUGGGGGCAGAGAAAGGGCAACAAGAGGCCAAUGACUUACCAGAAGAUGUCACGUGCCCUCAGGAACUACGCCCGGUCUGGAGAGAUCUUCAAGGUGAAGAAGAAGCUCACCUACCAGUUUGGCCGAGACACCCUGAUGUUACUGCAGAGGUGUCAUCGAGGAGAUUCGUAAUGUAGGCUGGAUUUUGUGCAGCUCAUAUCAUCUCAUAUAAAACACUGGUAAGAAUGUUUUUUGAAGGUACACCAGCCAUUAACUGGAGGCUUAUUAGCAUGGAUAUUAGCAGAAUAUUGACUCUUUAUUAGUCUCUAUAAAGCACUUAUUAAUGUUUUGUUUUGUAUGACCAUAUUUAACAGUUAGGCCAUUAUCUAAGCGUUUUCCCUCAAUAACUUCCUAAUUACUGCUUAUUGAUAGUAAGUAAGGAAGUUACAAUAUCCGUAUGGGCCUUAUAAGGUGGUAAUACCAUAAGAAAACUCAUUCUCUCUUAAUAACAACCAAUAAAUGUGCUUAUUCUUGUGUAAGAAAACACAAAUCUACAAGAGUUAAUACUGUCCUUGUCAUAAUUCAACAUACAACAACUUUCUUACUCACUAUCAGUGAGCAGUAAUUUGACGACUGUUUGGGAAAAACUCCUAAUUAAUGACUUAGUAGUUGCAGAAUAUGGUCAUGCAGAAUAAGGCAUUGAUACAUUGCUUUAUAAUGACUAAUAAAGAGCCAAUAUGAUACUAAUAUGCAUGCUUAUAAGCAGAUAGUUAAUGGUGACUAUGUGUAUGUUUUGCUAACAUAAAAUCCCUAAAUGUGCUCUUUUUUUUCUCUGACUUUCCAACAUGUUUCCACUAUAAGUGUGACAAAUCACAUUCACAAAACAGUUUGAAGUUUGUACAUGCAUUGAGUUUGUGGUGUAAAUAACACUAAAUAAUUAAAUCAAAAUAUUUUA